GGAGGAACUCCCGACAACAGAAAACUCAACCAGGAAGCAGGCAGCWAAAGCUGACCCACCGUCCCGGUUCGACGGCUAAAAGCGACGGUUUUCACGAUAGAACCCACACAGUUUAUCAAAAACAGGAUUUAUAUUUUCUAACUAGACACACAAGCAGCGACAUGGCGUCCCUUUUCAAGAAGAAGACAGUCGACGACGUCAUUAAGGAACAGUCCAAGGAGCUGCGUGGCACUCAAAGACAGAUCACCAGGGACCGAGCAGCGCUGGAAAAACAAGAGAAACAAAUGGAGUUGGAGAUUAAGAAAAUGGCAAAGUCCGGUAACCGGGAGGCUUGUAAAAUUCUUGCCAAGCAGUUGGUGCAGCUGAGGAAGCAGAARAACCGUACGUACGCCGUCAGCUCCAAGGUCACCUCCAUGUCUACGCAGACAAAGGUCAUGAACUCUCAAAUGAAGAUGGCCGGUGCCAUGUCUACUACCGCCAAGACCAUGCAAGCUGUGAAUAAGAAAAUGGAUCCACAGAAGACACUGAAGACCAUGCAGGACUUCCAGAAGGAGAACAUGAAAAUGGGCAUGACUGAGGAGAUGAUCAACGACACUUUAGAUGAGAUAUUCGAUGAGUCUGGGGAUGAAGAGGAAUCUCAGGAUAUUGUCAACCAGGUCCUGGAUGAGAUCGGCAUUGAGAUCACAGGGAAGAUGGUUCGAGCUCCAGCUGCAGGAAAGAAYGUCCCCGGUGCCGCCGCCGCCUCCAAACAGGCCACCAUCUCCGACGACGAGAUCGAGAGACAACUUCGAGCUCUGGGAGUAGACUAAAUGUCUUCUUAGUCGUAACGUUCACUUUAUAAACCAGUGCAACUUAAUACUGAUUGAUACGGACUCUGUCAGACACGCUGGUUCUGUCGUUCUUCAAACGCUGCAGGGGUGAAACUUGUACACAAACACAUUAAAAGCAUGCAGGCAGACAAAUUGAUCAAUCUCCCAUUUUCUGCUGGAUGCCUUAAAAAUUCAUUUGGACUAAACAUCCGAUUUAUUUAUGAAAGGAAUAUUUAUUAAGACAACAGAGUGGCCACGGUUUUACAUCUUUGUUGCCACUUUAUCUUUUUGAAAGGGCUGCAAGUAAGUUUGGAAUCUGCUUUUUAUUUUCUCUUUCGCGUGGUCUAUCUUGUUAUUUUUGCAAUUUAAGAUGGAUGAUCUCUCUUUUUAGCAAGUUUAAAUGAAAAACAUGGUAAUUAAAAAGAGCUUUGGGGUUGUCAAUAAACAGAUGGGACUCGGCUUUUUGUACUUGGACCAUUUACCUGCUGUUUUUGGCAUACCCUGCGAUUAAAAUCCAUCUGAUUCUCUGAGGCAAACUCUUCAUUAACUCCAUCUUUGAACGACUUGAAUUGUCUUUUUUUUUUUGGAUAAAAUGAUCAGUUUGUUGUUUAGUUAAAUUAAACAUGUGGUUGUUGUUGUAAACAACACCGCAUAGCUGAUGGUUUUAAUCAUACAAAUGAAACUACUGGAGAUGUAAAUGUUAAUUUACCAGGUUUUUCAGAACUUAAGGCCAUAGAAACUGGAGAUGUAUGUUUGCAAAACAUUCAAUUUGUCCGACAGAUUGGUCUGAAAGCAAACAGGCAGCAGCGUGCAUCUGUGUGCAGAAUGCAUGACGAAGAUUUAAACCCAAAUUAGAGCUUAUGGAGGACUAACAGAGUUUUGAAUCAAUUUUUUGAUGCAACUAAUUAAUCAAAAGAUUUGUUUUUUUUUUGUGCUUCUAGGUUAAUGUUUGAUUUAAACAGUGAUUGCAGGAUGACACUUCCUGCAGUCUCUCUUCUCUUUCAGCUGCUGUGCAGUUACUUUCUGGUUAGUUUAAACUGCAUCACAAAACACAAAACACACACACACUACAGCAACAAAAUAAUGGGAGUGUAUGCUAAAAUGACACUGUGAUAUAAAAGUUCUGUUCUCAUGAGCUGAAGCUGAUUUUUCUAUCCGGGUGAGUUUGUUAAUGUCAGCAGCUUCAGGCUUUGUGAGAGAGACAGCAACAUCUUAUUGUAAUAUUUUUAUUUGACUUUGGCCUUCUUUUCCAUUAUAUCUUCAUGCCAAAACAAACUGACAAUGUGUCGUUYUUGCAUGUGUAUGAGACGUACGACUCACGAACGUCCUCAAACCUCCUCAACCAUGUAUCCGUCUGAUUUUAAUUAUUAGCAGAAUGAAGGUUUUCAUAACUGAGUGCAGUUCUCUGGGUAGGAUUUCAUGUUUUAAAAGGUGUGUAUACUCAUUGUUGUUUACCUUUCUUUGUAAAUUGUCUCUGCAAAAAGGUUUAUGGCUWUUAUAAGGAAUAAAGUUUCUUCAGGUACAA